UUAAUCUCGACGCUUCUCUUUCUGCAAUUACUCCUUGAGAGCAUCUCUCUCUAGAAUAUUGAGUAUUGCUGACUUGAGCGUUGGAGUGUUUUCCCCGAGGAAACAACCUCAGGAUUUUCAGGUGUAGAAGCAGCUAAGGACUUCAACAGUGUUGGACUGCAAAGCUGCCCAAACAUUUGGCGCCGUCUGUGGGAAACUGAACAAGAAGUUGUGUAACUUAACCUGCUAAAAGACAAAAUGGAUCACCUAAGUGAAACAGAUGAUGAAAGAACAUCAACUGGGUAUGCAACCCAGCCUGAACAGUUCCAAGUACCAACAAGAACAAGACAAAGACCUUCUGGACCACACAAUUCACAGCAUGAACGACCUGAAAGGUCAACAGAACCUGCUCGGACAACCGAGCUCGAAGAGAGAACCAGAGUUCUCAAAAUGGCAAUGGGUAAGAUCCUUGCCCGCCUGAUUCCAGACGACCCCCUGAUUCCUUUGUUGAACCGGGAUGCACAACCAGCUACGGUUGUUGCAACUCGAAAUUCCCCUGCUCUAAGCAACGUGGUGGUGCCGACCAGGCCAAGGGGAAGUGGGAAGUUGAAUAACGAACCCAAUUCGUCCAAGCAUAGUGAAGAAUUGAUGAGAAAAAACGCAGACCUUGAAAGGCAGCUGCGGGACGUACAGAAGUCCAUUGACGAGCUGAAAAGUCCCAGGUCGCACCAGCAAACCCUUGAUUUGGAUAGUGCUCCAUUGAACUUAUCCAUCACAGCGGAACCAUAUCAAGAGGGAUUCAAGAUUCCCCACCUGGAGACAUAUGAUGGCUCGGGUGACCCAGAUGAACAUCUGCACACCUAUCAAGCCAUCAUGAGAAUCCAAAAUGCCAAUGAUGCCAUGAUGUGCAAAGUGUUCCCAGCGACACUGAAAUCAACAGCCAGGAGAUGGUAUCACAAGCUCCCCAGACAUUCUAUAGACUCAUACUCCCAGCUCGCCAAGCUAUUUUCUAACAAAUUUGCGAGCCAGAGAGAGAUCAAACGCACAGCAACCGAGCUGAUGCAAGUUAAUCCAAAGGAAGGGGAAUCUCUGAGGGACUACAUGCAGCGAUUCAAUAAAGCUACUUUGGACAUUGAUAACGUCCCAAAUACCAUCUGCCUGUCUGCCUUGCUACAUGGUCUAAAGCGUGGCAGGUUCUUGGACGACCUCCUAGAAAACCCACCUAGAACUUGGAACGAGGUGAAUGACAGGUCGGCUAGCUUCAUAUUAUCAGAAGACUUCCAGUCGUCCAAGCGACGAGCUAACGAUAAACAGAACAAAAGCCAGGAACAGCCACCGAGAAGGGAAGAGAAAAAGAAGCAGAAAGUCAACGAGCAGUGGGGGAAGCCCGCUGACUUCCCCAAGUAUGCCAACUACAUUCCUUUAACCUUGCCCAGGUCCCAAAUCCUUGCACAAAUACAACACUGGGUUAGAAGACCCCCACCCCCACUGUAUGAGUCCCCAAGGGCGGACAAGAGCAAGCAUUGUGACUACCAUCGUACUUAUGGUCACAACACAGAAGACUGCCAACAUCUGAAGGACGAACUGGAGUUCUUGGCUCGCAAUGGGAAAUUAGAAGGAUAUGUUCAGAAGCCCCACGCCCAGCAACCCACUCAAACUCAUUUUGUGCAGGGGUAUGACCAACCUCAGGGGCAGAGGUACCAGCUCGGCGGGGCGCAGGAUGUAUAUCAGGACAAUUCAUAUCCUUCGGAGCAGGGCAGGACAUACAGAGGGCAUCCGUUCAACAGGAGAGGACAGGGGCAGAGGGCUGCUGCCCACAACCAAAAUGAUAAGAAAGGGGUAGGCUAUGCUGGGAUACCCCCGCCCUCGGGUACAAUAAACAUGAUAUCAGGUGGUGUUCACUCUAGGGGCCAAAGCGCCCGAGCUCGCAAGGCAUAUGCCCGACAGGUGAUGACUGUCAAUAAAAAUAGACCCUUGAAGCGGUUGUUUGAAGAAGCAGAAUGGGAGAAUAUACUUAUCACAUUCAGCUCGGCAGAUUACAAGCGAGCAGAGGGAGAGCCUGACAUUAUGAUGCACCAUGCUGAUCCCUCUGUGGCAACGGGGGUAGGAGUGCUGAAAGGGAAUCAGAAGAUGGCUAGAACUUGUUAUCAAGACACGUUCAAGAAGGUCGAGCUCGCCGCAGCCCCGGCGAGUGCUGAAGGUCGCAAGCCAACCCAGCUCGGUCAACAGACAAUGAGUAUAUCAGACAUUGAGCAUCGACCUCUAAGCGUUGAGCAGAAGGCAGAGCCAGUAGAGCCAGUGGAAACGGUGCCUUUAAACCCGGAUGUGCCGGAGAGAAAAGUGAAGAUCGGCACUAAACUCACAGGGGAAAAGCGGGCAGAACUUCUGGAAUGCCUGAGGAAUAAUCAGGACGUAUUUGCGUGGACUACGGGUGAAAUGCCUGGCAUCCCGGCAGAAUUGACAGUCCACAAGCUCAGCACAGACCCCACCAAAAGGUCGGUGGUGCAAAAACGCCGCCUUUUUGGCCCCGAGAAGCAAGCUGCCAUUGACGAGGAGAUACAAAAGUUGUUACAGGCAGGCUUCAUUAGAAGGGUGGAGUACUCUGAAUGGGUGUCCAACCUUGUGCUCGUCAAAAAGCUAAAUGGCAAGUGGAGGAUGUGUAUUGAUUUCACCAACCUCAAUGAUGCGUGCCCAAAAGACCCUCAUCCCUUGCCAAACAUAGAGAAGUUAGUAGAACGGGCAGCAGGACAUGAACGGAUGAGUUUUCUUGACGCAAGCUCGGGUUACCACCAGAAGCUGGUACAAAUCAUCUUUAAGCUCCAGAUCGGCAGAAACAUAGAAGUGUAUGUAGAUGACAUGAUAGUCACCAGCGUGCGAGCUGAGGAUCACAUUGGCAACUUGGAUGAAACUUUUCAAAACUUGCGCCGAGCACAAAUGAGGCUGAAUCCCUUGAAAUGCACAUUUGCUGUAGAGUUGGGAAAAUUCCUGGGAUACGUGGUAUCAAAGAAAGGAAUUGAAGUAAAUCCAGAAAAGGUUGAAGCCGUUCAGCAGAUGGAGCCGCCAUGGACUGUCAAAGAAGUGCAGCGUUUGACGGGCCGUGUUGCUACGCUGCACAGGUUUAUAGCCAGGUCGGCAGAAAGAUGCCUUCCAUUCUUCAAGGCCCUGCGAGAGCCCAAGAACUUUCAAUGGACCGAUAUGUGUCAGCGAGCCUUCGACGAGCUCAAACGAUACCUGGCAUCAGCACCCCUGCUGUCCAAGCCUGUGGAAGGGGAGAGUUUGUAUCUGUAUUUAGGGGUUACAGCAGAGGCGAUUAGCUCGGUCUUACUCAGGGAAGAGAAUAAGAAUCAGAAGCCUAUCUGUUAUGUGAGCAAGGUCUUACAAGGCGCCGAGCAGAACUACCCACUAGCAGAAAAGGCUGCUUUUGCCUUAAUUUACACAGCUCGUAAGUUGAGAGCUUACUUCCAAUCACAUCAGAUUGUUGUCUAUACCGAUUUGCCAUUGAGAAAAAUACUGCAGAAACCUGAACUCUCUGGUCGGCUUAUUGGGUGGAGCGUCGAGCUGAGUGAAUAUGACCUCACAUUUCAGCUGCGCACAACCAUAAAAGGCCAGGCCGUUGCAGACUUUCUGGUGGAGUGCAUCUCGUCGACUAAAGAAGAAAAAGCACCUGAACAACCAAUCUGGGUUUUGUAUGUUGAUGGAGCUGCUAACGUUGAAGGAGCGGGUGCAGGGGCUGUGUUAGUAGGCCCAGAUGGCUUUAGGUCUGAGCACGCGCUGAGGUUUAAGUUUCAGACGACUAAUAAUGCUGCAGAAUAUGAAGCCCUCAUUUACGGACUUAAGCUAGCGUCCGAGCUGAAGGUACAAAGCAUUCAGGUUUUCAGCGACUCUAAACUCGUUGUGGGCCAGGUGAAGGGCAGUUGUGACAUCAGGGAUCCCCAGCUCAGUCGUUAUGCCUCUGUGGUCAACAGAUUAAAGUCGAUAUUUGUCCUUUUCCAAAUUGAUAAAAUACCAAGAGCAGAUAACCACCGAGCUGACGAGCUGUCAAAGUUGGCCUCAUCGCAGGACAUUAACCCUCAGAGAUCAACAAUUGUCGAGGUACUCGACGCACCGAGCUACACUGAUUUCACAGUCGAGUGUCAACUGCUAAGCACAGAUCCCUCUACACCGAGCUGGACCACCCCGCUCAUAAAUUAUCUACAAAGUGGCGAACUGCCUGAAAACCAAUCCGUUGCAAAGCUGGUCAGACGCAGGGCGGCACAUUUCACUUUGAUAGAUAAUCAGCUCUACAAGCGGGCAGCCUUAAUGCCCCUAUUACGCUGCCUUACUCCUUAUGAAGCUGAAUACGCUGUAAGGGAAGUUCACGAAGGAGUAUGUGGCACGCACAUCGGUGGCAAAACUUUAGCUCGGAAACUCCUGAGGCAUGGUUAUUACUGGCCCACUAUGGUCGAGGACGCGCAGAACUAUGUCAAAAAAUGUCCGACCUGCCAGUUCAACGCUGAUGAUAUACACAUACCAAGGGAAAUGCUAUCCUCUCUUACGUCUCCCUGGCCCUUUGCUCAAUGGGGUGUCGACUUGCUCGGCCCUUUCAUCAAAGGCAAAGGAGGCUGCACUUUCUUGGUCGUUGCAGUGGAUUACUUCACUAAAUGGAUAGAAGCUAAACCAUUGUCCACGACAACAGAAAAGAAAAUAGAAGAAUUCCUGUUCAACUCAAUAUUAUGCAAGUUCGGCAUACCCAAACGGAUCAUCGCUGACAAUGGCCCACAGUUCCGAGCCACAGCUUUGAGGUCGUUCUGUAACGAUUAUGGCAUUGAGCUCGCCUUGACAUCUGUGUAUACUCCACAGUCAAAUGGACAAGCUGAGUCCGCUAAUAAAAUCGUCCUACGGGGCCUCAAGACGCGUGUUUUGGCUGCACAUACUAAUUGGGUUGACGAGCUCAAUAAAGUACUAUGGUCAUGUCGUACCACACCCAGCUCGGCCACAGGUGAAACAUCGUUCAGCCUGGCAUAUGGAGCUGAGGCCGUCAUCCCUGUUGAAAUCGGGUUACCAUCUGCUAGAUCAGAUCGUCAUAACGAUCAGAAUAAUGGGCAACUCUUAAGGGAGAACCUAGACCUAGUGGAGGAAAUCAGGGAAAUGGCUCGAAUUAGAAACAUGGCAGAUCAAAGUCGUGUUGCAAAAUUCUAUAACAAAAGAGUUCGAGCUCGACAGUUUCAGGUCGGUGAUCUGGUUCUACGUAAAGCUGGACUAACCAAUGUCUAUUCACACAUGGGCAAGCUCGCUCCUAAUUGGGAAGGGCCUUAUAUGGUUGUUUCCAUCGAGCGACCUGGGUCUUACCAGUUGGCAGAUUUUCAAGGUCACCCAUUACCAUUUAUUUGGAACAUACAUAAUCUUAGGAAGUUUUACAGUUAACGUGUAUCUUAUUAGUGUUCAGGUCGUUACUAAUCGUUUGUAAACAGUGACUUACUAAACAUUCAACACAGAAAUCUUGAAACAAAAGAUUCAAAUUUGUAUUUCAUCAAUGAAAUUUUACAUGUGUA